AUGAGCGUACAACAAAAAGAACAGACAGAGAUCGAAAUCAAAGGAAAAAUUGGCCAUCACGAAGAAUUAAUGCAAGCGAAACUCAAGAAGAAUGAGAAUGAAAGAGAUAAAAUAGCAUUGAAAUUGUGCGCGGCCUUUGCCAGAGCAAAUAUGGCAAAAAUGUAUUCAUUCGCAAAUGUUCUUAUUAAACUUUUUGGGCUCUACAAAGUUGUUAAUUCUUGUUUCAUAACAAUAUAG